GCGUCGCCCGUGUUAUUUUUUUUUUUCUUCUUCUUCUUUUCUGUUUACACAUAUCUCACGUACAGGAUAUUUUUAUCUCUCGUGGUUAGCUCUCGUCGUAUAUAAAGCCAUGGGAGGAUUCACCGAGACGAGCACACCUCUGUUGCACCUCAGACCUGCCGAGUUCAGUUUAAACGAAAAAGAAACCGGUAUCGAUCAGUUUCCAUCUCGAACUGACCGCGUGAAAGCGGGAUUCUCUCGACGGAACAUUGUAGGAACAUCGCGUUGGAAGAAUUCUGAAAGCUCGCUUUAUUUCUCUAAACCUCGAGAUUUUUUUAAUUAGAAUAUUAUUGAAAUUGUUUGUCAUCUCCCAAUUGUUUGCUGUGCAUUAAAACAAUAGCUAUACACAUUGUGCAACACAGUGGAAAUUGAUGAUAGAAGACCAUGAGUGAAAAUUGAAGACCAUAAUUAAAAAUUGAAAAAUAGUAAAAUCGAGGAAUCAACUGCGAAGAUUUGAUCGAAUAUUGAAUAUUUCUGAAAGCUAUGAACAAUAACAGGAACAGCUUGUAAGAUUCUACAAUACAUUUUGCAAUAUUUAAUAAAUUCUAUUGUUACUGAUUGUCAAAAUGGAAUCAAGUUGCACGAUGCAGACUAUUCUUUUACAUCUUCUUUUACUUUUUGGAAACACUUAUGCCACCGACGACGAAAGAAAACGAUACGAUGGAUAUAGAUUGUACAAAGUUUUCGUGCCCGAUGAUGAGAGUUUAGAAUUAUUGAUGAACAUGCAAGACGAUGAUGGUUAUCAUUUGUGGCUUCGACCGAAGAUCAACAAUACCGCAGACGUGAUGAUCUCUCCGGCAAGGAUUCAAGAAUUUGUGCAAAAAGUUAACACGACAAAGCUUGAACCAGAAUUAAUGAUGGAUAACGUGCAAAAGUAUAUUGACGAUGAGAAUCCUCGUGGCAACGUAAGAGGAGCAUUCGAUUGGUUGGGUUAUCAUCGAUUGAAUACCAUUUACAACUGGCUAGAUUCUCUCGUAACUCAGCAUCCUGAAAUAGUGAAACCAAUAAUCGGUGGAAGUAGCUACGAAGGCAGGAGGAUCAAAGGUGUGAAGCUUUCUUAUAAAGAAGGAAAUCCUGGUAUAUUCAUCGAAGGCGGGAUACAUGCCAGAGAAUGGAUAUCACCUGCUGUUGUCACCUACAUCCUGAACGAAUUGAUCCUGAGUGAUGAUUCUCGUGUCAGAUACAUGGCGGAGUCGUACGAUUGGUACAUUUUCCCUGUGUUCAAUCCGGAUGGCUACGAAUACACUCAUACUACUAGGGUGGUGUUAGCCGAAAUCCAUGUAGUGAAAUAUACCCUGGCGACAGGCCUUUCUCUGAAACAGAAACAAGAACCAUGUCUCAAUAUAUCAAUAGUAUUCAGAGUAAAAUAUUCUCCUAUAUAGCAUUUCACAGUUACAGUCAAUUGUUGCUCAUUCCAUAUGGCCACUCUAACAAGAGAGUCAGCAACUACGACGAUCUCUUUCAAAUAGGAAAUUACUCUAUAAAUGCUUUAUCAAAGAAAUAUGGAACACGAUACAAAGUUGGCAAUAUCGUAGACAUUAUAUACGUUGCGUCAGGAGGAUCGAUGGAUUGGGUACGAGGAACCUACAACAUUCCCGUGACAUACACUUACGAGCUUCGAGACACAGGAAGAUAUGGUUUCAUUUUGCCAGCAAGUCAAAUUAUACCAACUGCAAAGGAAACUUUGGAUUCUUUGGUCGCUAUGUUCGAACAGGCAGCAAAACUUGGCUAUGGUUCAUCCAUGACUGCACAAUUUAGGCUUUAAUUUUUAUAAUUCCUUUAUAUUAUUUAAUAAAAUCAGUAUGAACCUUUUCAUAGAAUGUUUUAUUAUAUAAAAAGGUAGAUUACUGUUUAAUAUUGUUACUACAUAAUAUCAACGUUGCCUGACUCUGAUCACAAAGUAUAUACAUAAGUAAAAUAUUGUAUUGAAUAAUUUAAAGGCUUCCCAUCGAAAAAAAUAAUAAAAGUAAUAUCCUCUUUUUAUUGUAACUGUAAUAAAUUUUUCCUUUUGUUACCGGAAAAAUUUUCUCUUUUAUUCUAAAAAACGUCGAUUGAUUACAAAGGACAAAUUUUAAAUGCUCCUUUCGUGUACAUAAUCACGAUUGUCAACCUUGAUGGUAUCGCGUAAUUUACGAUAAUUCUUUUAAUGUUGCGAUUACUUAAAUGCAGCUAUUUUCGUUCUCUCAGUUGUCUAACUGCGCUUGUCUAAUUGAUGUGCUAAUUUAUGCGUUACGUCGUAACUGCUUCUGUAGGUAGGAUCUUACUACUAAACAAUGUUAAAUGAUUUUUGAAAAAUGAAAAUCAGUGUAAUUGUGACAAAACAAUAAUACGAAAACGAAUCACAUCAAUUUUUUUUUUUUUAUCGUAAUAAUUACUUUAUUUACAAAUUCUUUAUUUUCGAAUGCAUUGUUCCAUUUCUACGCAAAUUAAAAACUACAUUUAUAUUUGAAGAAAUUAAAA